CUCUCUGUCCUACUGAUAAAGUGUCCUCUGUCUGCCAGGUAAAGCGGUACCAGUGCACCUUUGAGGGCUGUCCCCGCACCUACAGCACAGCAGGCAACCUUCGGACCCACCAGAAAACUCACCGAGGAGAAUACACCUUUGUCUGUAAUCAGGAGGGUUGUGGCAAGGCCUUCCUCACCUCCUACAGCCUCAGGAUCCAUGUGCGAGUGCACACGAAGGAGAAGCCAUUUGAGUGCAACAUGCAGGGCUGUGAGAAGGCAUUCAACACGCUGUACAGGCUGAAAGCACAUCAGAGGCUUCACACAGGGAAAACGUUUAACUGUGAAUCUGAAGGCUGCAGCAAGUACUUCACCACACUCAGUGAUCUGAGGAAGCACAUUCGAACCCAUACAGGAGAAAAGCCAUUUCGGUGUGACCAUGAUGGCUGUGGAAAGGCAUUUGCAGCAAGCCACCAUCUUAAAACUCAUGUUCGUACACAUACUGGUGAAAGACCCUUUUUCUGCCCCAGUAAUGGCUGUGAGAAAACAUUCAGCACUCAAUACAGUCUCAAAAGUCACAUGAAAGGUCACGAUAAUAAAGGACACUCAUACAGUGCACUUCCAAAUCACAAUGGAUCAGAGGAUACAAAGCACUCACUUUGUCUGAGUAAUCUGAGCCUUCUGUCCACAGAUUCUGAAUUGCAAGAAAAUUCUAAUACAACACAGGGCCAGGAUCUCAGCACACUUUCACCAACAAUCAUCUUUGAAUCAAUGUUCCAAGAAGAUCCUCAACAGACAGCUGCCUUGAUUGAAAGUUUUAAUGGUGAUGCAGAGUCAGUCAAUGAUGUUCCGCCACCCACAGGAAAUUCAGCAUCUUUGUCUCUUCUACUUGUACUGCAGCCUGGCACCUCCGAGCCACCCCAGCCUCUACCACCAGCCUCAGCACCAUCUGCUCCUCCGCCUGCUCCCUCCCUAGGAACUGGUUCCCAGCAAGCUGCAUUUGGCAACACCCCUGCUCUCUUACAACCUCCAGAAGUGCCUGUUCCCCACAGCACACAGUUUGCUGCUAAUCAUCAAGAGUUUCUUCCGCACCCCCAGGCACCGCAGCCCAUUGUACCAGGACUUUCUGUUGUUGCUGAGGCUUCUGCAGCAGCAACAGCAGCAGCAGCGACACCAACCAUGGCAGCACCACCCCAACCACAAAGUACUACUGAGCCCCUGCCAGCCAUGGUCCAGACUCUGCCUUUGGGUGCCAACUCAGUCCUAACCAAUAAUCCCACUAUAACCAUCACCCCAACUCCCAGCACGGCUAUCCUGCAGUCAAGCCUAGUCAUGGGAGAACAGAAUUUACAGUGGAUAUUAAAUGGUGCCACCAGUUCACCGCAAAACCAAGAACAAAUUCAGCAAGCAUCUAAAGUUGAGAAGGUGUUUUUUACCACUGCAGUACCAGUAGCCAGUAGCACAGGGAGCUCUGUACAGCAGACUGGCCUCAGUGUUCCUGUGAUCAUCAUCAAACAAGAGGAAGCAUGUCAGUGUCAGUGUGCAUGCCGGGACUCUGCCAAGGAGCGGGCAGCAGCCAGGAGAAAAGGCUGUACUUCCCCACCCCCUCCAGAGCCAAGCCCCCAGCCUCCUGAUGGGCCCAGCCUGAAGCUACCACCACAGACUUUCCCUGCAUCCCCUGUCUCCCUACCAUCACCCUCCACCCUAACCUCUUCCUGUGAGCAAAGCAGGCAAACAGAUACUCCUUCAGACCUUAAGACAGAAACGUUAAGUGCCAUGGAUAUGUCAGAUUUUCUGUCCCUUCAGAGUCCAGACACCCCGUCCAGUCUGAUUCCCAUUGAAGCACUACUGCAGGGGGAGGAGAUGGGCCUGACCAGCAGCUUUUCCAAGUGAAAUGUCUCCAUGUGCUCACCUCCAGGAAGAGGGGGCGAACUGGCAACAUAAGGUGUGAUACCUACCAUCUUGGGUUCAACAGUUUGAAGGAUGAAGAAAUCUGUUUGAAAUCCUCGCUUUCAGAUGUGUUUUCUUUAUUCACAUCCCAGGAGCACCCAUUUUAAGAAACUGAUCUUUGGAGAAAAAAAAAAAACAGCAACAACAAAAAAAAAAGCUAAGUUAUAAAUGAAAUGAACUGUUCGGCUGCACUGUAUGUCACUUUUGCUUAUUGUCAUGUGAACUUGGAAAUUAAGGUUACUCCGUAUGCAUAAAAAUUCUAAAUGAAAGGGUGUGGUUUCCAUCAAUCUGAUGCUGCCCAUCACUUGCACUGGGGUCUUCGUGGUUUGGGCAGAAGAGUUUCAUUGUGUCAGCUGUUACUCCUGUAUCUUGAGUCUGAGGUUGGAAGCUUGCUUGGGAAACCAGAGCCUCAGUCCUUCAGAGGGAGGUAGCAAGCCAAGUCUGACUGCCAGGAGGUUGGACAGGAAUGGGGUGUGGUGGUAGUGUUGUUUGUGAUUGGGGUCAGUGGAGCUCGGGGUGACUGGCAGGGCUGUCACUGCAGCCUGCUUCAGCACAGAUGGGCCACUGAAAGCUUGGCCCCAACACUCUGGGUGUGAUUUAGUUCUGCAGAUGCCCAAGGCAAGUUACUGACUACCGUCUGUGGAUGAUGUGUGUACAGAGCAGGCUCUAGCAACAUGGUCACAGUCUUGGCCUUCCUGGUUCUGUGUCUUGGAUCUGCUUGCCAGGGCAUGUAGAUCACAGUGAAUUUUUCUUGGGGAACAUUUUGCUCUGGAGUGGAAAUGUGGCUUAUGGCCAGUUGCUGGUUGGUGGUCUGCCUUCCUUAAAUGAUGUUUUCUUCUUCGGAGCAGAUGAGCUGCAUUUUGUUUAUCAAGAGAAGCUUUGACUUUUAACAAGUUUAAUUAGGUGGCAUGUAAUUGACAGGCCAGGUGUCUUGGGUCCAGAUUCAAGCCAGGCUUUUGGUUGUUCCCUUCCAUCUCUGCCUCUCACCCCUCUAGAUGGUGCAUACAGUCUAGUACAGUGCAAAGAAGGAUGUGGCUUACUCAGUCAUAGACUUUUUAGAUAAAAACAAACAAACAAACAAAAACACAAAA